AUCUAUAUAUUGUGGUGGAGAUGUAUAUAUGAGGGAGAUUUCCCGAGUUUGCCGCGAUCGCGGAUUCGCAUGCACAUUUUGCAUCUCACUCGCACACCGCGAUUAUUGUUUAUCGGCCGAUUCGAUGAGAGGGGCUUUAAUAGAGCGGGAAGAUUAACGCGGCAGGUCAGUCCCUAAAAAACGCGAAGUCUCGGUACAUCGCCGCGCGCGAAUUAUCUGCGCAAACGGGGGAGUCUUGUUUAACGUUUUUCCCCGUUCUCUGGCUCGCGUAUCCCUAAUCGCGACUAGUGACGUCACACGUAUACGUACGUUAACGGGGCAGUGCACCGUUCCACCGAGAAGAAGGUAGGUCCAUCGGCACGUCCACUGGUGCUUAGCAAUUCUUAAUAUCUUUAAAUGAAUAUUUAUAUUAAGUAGUGACGAUCGCGGCGAGCCACAAAAUCGGAUAAGAAUAUUUCGGUCAAUCGGACGAUGAAGAGGGAGAGUGGAUUGAGCGGAUUGUGCGUUAAUAAAGUUUCACCGCCGAGACGAGGAGCCGUGCGAGCAAUCAUCGAAAAGAUAACGCGUAUCGGUAUGACCAUUUUGUGGAAUGUAUACAUGACUAAAAUAACGUGAGAAAAAUGGUAAGCAAUUUACCACAAGAAUUCAGGAGAUAUCAGCGGAACAGGAAUCAGUUACAGCAUAUACUUGAGGAUACGCAGCGUACAUUGGAAGUGAUAAAACUUGAAAAUUUCUUUCCUGGAGAGAACAUCAUCGAGGAAUUACUACCUCCAUUAAUCUUGGAUAGAGUGACGCAUAUUCUUGAUAAUUCUCCUGCAAUAGUCAUUUUUGGGCAAGACAAUAAAGCUAAAGCUUCAUUGGUUAACAACUUGCUCUCUGCCGAUAUCUUGCCAUUGUCCAAUGAUUUAUGGAGAUGGAUCAAGAUUACUUAUGGUCAUACCAAUCAUGUCAGUCUCACAUUAGGUUUAGAAUACGAAGUAGUCGAGACGUUACGUGCAAACGAAAAGUCAUGGAGCACGCUUCCUCUCGAAGAUCUGGAAAAAUCAAUAAACGAAGAUAUCAAUUAUCCAACAGUGCUGGAAGUGAAGUUAGAGCAAGCAAUAUUGAAAGAAGGUGUUCAAAUAUUCGUUGUUCCCAACAAUGGUGUAGUGAAAAUUCUCGCCAAGGGUUUAUUGAAAAUUUUACCCAUAUUCCUUUAUGCUCUUGGAGAACAACCAUUGACUGAGGAAAAUUUGGAAGAAUUGAGAGACUUAAAAGAGACUUAUCCAUAUAAUCCAAUUUUAUUCAUCUCCUCAUUAGCUAAUGUUUCAUUAGAUGGCACAGAUGCAGAAUUGACUGAAUCUGAGCAACACAGUCUGCAAAAUCGAAUAGAAAUGCCAAGUGUGUCUAAGGAGUCGAAAAAUGAUGAUAGUAUUAAUAUUGACAAAAUGAAUUCACUUGGUUUAACAUGGCUAGAUCAGUUAAGCAGCUUAGGAUUUCUAGGGAUGGAAGAGUCUAUGGAAGUUCAUCAAUUAAUGUGGCUCGUCGGAGAGCAAUACGUUAAUAAUUCGAGCGAUCUAGUGGAUUCAUGCAAAAAAACAGAUCGCAUAUUACAUUUCACACGUGUCUGUUUACAAAGCUAUCUGAUUAAUGCCAGCACUUAUUUGAAUGAAAUACAUACGACCAGUUUACGUAAGUUUAUUUUAAGUGCAUUUGACAUGGCACGAAAAAUACAGAUUACUCCUAGAAGGAUACAGUACGCUCAACAAAAGGAAAAUGAACUUUAUGCUAGUCUAAUGAAGGUUGUUAACGAGCAGCAGAUGGAAUUGACUGAGUUAAUACAGUGUAUUAUUCAGGAAAUGAAAGACGAUAUAUUAGGAUCUACCGGUGAUGUUUUUCAAUAUCAGACUGUCCCUUUCGAUGAUAAUGAGCGAACAGAAUGGACAGUUACUGUACGCGUCGCGACAUCGGAAGUUCAACGAUUCGUGCUUGGCCGUUUAGGUGAGAAAGUCGCAAAAGAACUCGUAAAUUCGGUUAACUGUCUUCGAGAGACUUUUGUCGGAACUCUUCAACGUUGCCUAAUAAGUCUCGAGAAAACUUACGAGCACGAUAGCGGUCUGCUAGCUAGUGAUGCUUUAAAACAAAUACUUUCUGCUGCAUACAACGUAGAAUUGCAUAAUUCAUCACCGUCCUUGGUGCACUCGUUCCUGGAAAGAUUGAGACAGCUUUUCAAGUCCUUACCGCUGCCAUGGGCACCCACACCGACUUUGGACGCGGCUUGGAGAAGAAAGGUCACUAUCGAUAUCUUAAAUUCCUUGUCGGCAGCGAGAUUGGCUAGAACAAUUUCUAUGCAGUUCAGAGACAAGUUGAAAUCGUCGCACGAUGCCUUCCAAACUGCCCUAAAAUCUUUGGAAAAUUAUUAUUCGGGAAAGUUAGAAAGAACAGAGGAACAGAGAAUAGCCAUACGAAAAUAUCACGCGCCCAAGUUAGCUAAACUCGCGUUGGAAUCCACAUCGAUGAUGGAUGCUAUUCGCUUUGGCAUUCCUCAUUACGGCAAGGAGAUUGGCAGGGGACAGUACGGUGUGGUAUUUGCUUGCGAUGGUUGGGGAGGAGCACCAGGACCGUGCGCGGUAAAAUCCGUUGUUCCACCGGACGAACGACAUUGGAACGAUCUCGCGAUGGAGGUUUACUAUACCAGAUCGAUACCAGAUCACAAAAGGAUAGUGAAGCUUCGCGGAUCUGUCGUUGAUCAGUCGUACGGCGGAGGAUUUGGAUUAGGCGCUGCAGUUCUUUUAAUCACUGAUCGAUUAAGUCGCGAUUUGUACUGCGGUAUACACGCCGGUCUUUCAUGGCUGGAACGUAUACAAAUAGCGAUAGAUGUGCUAGAGGGAAUACGUUAUCUUCACUCGCAAGGCUUGGUUCAUCGUGAUAUUAAACUAAAGAAUGUCUUACUUGAUACGGAAAAUAGAGCUAAGCUAACUGAUCUCGGAUUUUGUAUUACUGAAGCUAUGAUGUCGGGUAGUAUCGUAGGAACACCGAUUCACAUGGCACCAGAACUUCUGUCAGGCCAUUACGACAGCAGUGUCGAUGUCUAUGCUUUCGGCAUCUUGUUUUGGUACAUAUGUGCUGGAAAGGUUCGAUUACCCUAUGCAUUUGAGCAAUUUCAUAACAAGGAGCAAUUGUGGACAAGUGUUCGAAAAGGUCUUAGGCCCGAAAGAUUGCCGCAUUUUGAUGAGGAAUGCUGGACGUUAAUGGAACAAUGUUGGUCUGCAGAACCGUGCAAACGACCAUUGCUCGGUGCAAUUCAACCAGUGUUAGAAUCUAUCCAGCAAAGAGCAGAAAGGAGCAAAUCCUUGCAAAUCGACGCACUGAGGCUGCAAGAGAGUUCAUCAUCCGAACAAACAAAUCCUGCGCUAGCAUUAGCAGAGCCUAAUAACCAAAGAGAUUAUACAUUCUUCACAACCAAGCCUGCAUGAAAAUUUGGGUGGAUAUUGAUAAAAUAUAAUUGUUUCAAGGAAAUAUAAAUUAUUAUAUUACAAUAUGUACAAUAUGUAUAAUAUGCAUAGUUUAAUCAAAGAGCGACGUAGAUGUAAGAAGUCUGUAUAUAUUUUUCUAAAGAAAAGGAAAGGAAUAGCAAUCUCUUAAGGUAGGAGUUAUCUUAUUAAGUUAUCCGUUUUGGUCAAAUAUUUAUAAUAUAUUUAAUCAUAAUUGUUUAUAGCGAACAUUUUUGUCUUUCAGAAAGAUAUGUUUGUUGAUAAUUAGAAAUUUUGCUGAUAAUUAUUUAUACACAUAUUAAUAUAUAUAAUGUGAUCCAUGACCGACCUUGUUCUACAACGUUUAAAAAAACACGUAAAAUUCUAUACCAAAACAAUAAUAAGAUCUAAUCGCAGCUAAUAAAGCCUUCAAUUUUUUUGUAAAAAUUCUUAAACUUCUUUCACUUAUUUGAUUAUUUAUUAUACUUAUUUAAUUGUUGAAAAUGUAUAAUCUUAAAAUAUAUACUUAAUUUUCCAUUAGCUCAAACUAUGACUUUGAGGUGGAUAGAAAUGAAAGAAAAUAUUAAAGAACAAAAUUUGAAUUAUAAUCAUAUUAUGCAUAUAAUUAUGAUAGUAAAAGUAAAAAAUUAAAGUCAUGUUUUGUCUUAUAACAUUGCUUUCUAUUUUUUGUUUCAAAGCUGUAGUUUGAUCUAUUAAGUAUAGAACAUCUUAUACAUGAUUAAAAUUAACAAAA